AUGAGUCGAAAGAAAGCCAAUUCAGUUACACAGUUGAACAAUAUAUUGCCAAUACCCAUAGCAUUAAACUCGGGAGAAGAUUUGCAAACCCAUAAACAUAAUCAUCAAAGUCACAUAACUGAUGUACGAGUAGCAGGGCAUCACUUGGUACAAGGCAAUGCAAGAAAUGGAGCCACAAACACGUCAAGUAGUUCAACCAAUGGUCAAUAUAUAGUAUGGCAAAUCAAAAUCACCAUAAAUGAUUUAGAUUACUCAUCCAUUGUGCUAUAUAAACGAUACCUGGAAUUGUUACAAUUUUAUUAUGAUUUAGAACAGUAUUAUAAGGCACAGAAUGAUAUAGUGAUACCUAAACCACCACCCAAAGAUAGUUUUAGUUUUGAACGACUAGUUAUGAGUAAUAAUUGGUUGGAAGAGAGGAAAAAGGGGUUGCAAUGGUUUUUAAGUAGUGUGUUAUUAGAUCCGGUAUUGCAAAAAGGGCCAAUCGUGAAACUGUUUGUAUUGGACAAUAAUGGGUGA